AUGAAUCAACAUAAUGUUCAUCUUCUUGAUCUUCCUAAUGAAAUAUUAUUUCUCAUUUUGAAAAACCUUGACAAUACUGAUGUUCUUUAUUCUUUAUUUGGUAUCAACAAUCAACGACUUAAUAUUAUAGUACAAGAACCAAUCUUCACUAACAUUCUUAAUUUUGUUUCUAUAUCACAAUCAACUGAUGAGAUUUUUUCAAUUUCUAAUUCAAUACUCAGUCGAUUUUCUAUUGAUAUAUUACCAAGAAUUCAUAAAAAUGUUCAAUCUCUUAUUCUUCAAUCUGAUUCUAUGGAAUGUAUUCUUCGUGCUGGUAAUUAUCCUAAUCUUACUCAACUUAAAAUUUUUAAUUUCAACAAAUCAAUCUUUUCACAUUAUUUCAUGGAUGAUUCUCUUUUUCAACAUAUUGAUAAACAACAAAUUACGGAUCUUAUUCUUAUCAUUAAUGAAAACAAUAUUGAAAUAACACAAAAGGAGUAUACUAAGAAUGUUUAUGCAAAUAUCUUAGCUUUCUUUAAAAAUCUAAAACAUCUCAGUAUUGCGUCAUCAUCUGUCGAGGAUUAUCCACUUUCGUCGUUAUGUUAUUUACCAUCAAUGACUUUUUCUUCUUCAACACUUACUAAAUUAUCUAUUAAUGUAAAUGAUUUUGAUGAUUGUCUUUCUUUACUUGAUGGUCGUCUCAAACAAUUAACUGAAUUUAUCGUUCAAGUUGAUUAUAUCAGCAAUUGGACAUCAACAUUUUACAGCAUGGAUGAUCUACCUAAUUUAAAAUGUUUCUCAUUAACAUGUUAUCGUAACACUGAAGGAUAUGAUAUUCUAGUUGUACCUCUUCUUCGUCGAAUGUCCCAUCUCGAAGAAUUAACUUUAUAUAUUCUUAUCUUUCGUGGAUCAACAUGUAUCUCUGGUACUCAUCUUGAUAAUGAAAUACUUAUUCAUAUGCCACGACUUCAUACCUUCACAUUUUAUAUCGUUUCUCAAAAUGUCGAUGCUGAUCCAACUGUUCAUGUAUCUGUUGAUGAUAUUCAACGAACUUUCACAAAUAUAAAAUAUCGAAAAGUGGCUUGUAUGGUAGAUUAUUUCAACUCUAGGGAUAUAACUUCUCGCGUCUUUUCACUUCCAUUUAAAUUUGAUCGUCUCGAAAACAUCACAAAUAAUAUUCCAAAUAUUGUAUUUAACUCCGUUACUCAUUUGAAAUUAUGGGACAAAGAUCCUUUCAAACAUGAUUUUUUCGUUCGACUUACUCGAGCUUUUCCAUUUCUUAAAUAUUUAUCUAUGUGGAAUAUUCAACCACCAUUUUUCAAACUUCGUGAAUUUCAUCUUUACGAGAAGGAUUGGUGCUCAAUUGUUGAAUAUUCGCAUCUUAUUUCACUUGAUUUUGGGGAUACAGCUGCUCAUUAUCUUGAACAUUUUCUCGAUGAAACAAAAACAUAUUUACCUCGUUUAACCGAAUUGAAAGUCGAUUAUGAUCAUUUGCAAAACGUGACAGAAAAUUUUACAAAUGAUGAAAUGCGACAUAAUUGUUCUCGAGUCAAACGAUUAAUUGUUGAAUAUUCAAUAGUUUUUUCGAAAGAUGUUUAUAAUUAUUUUCCUUUAUUGUCAAUUUAA